AUGGAGUACUAUACCUUUAGCCUCAGCCGCCAUUUUCUUCUGGCUGAUGUUGCUGGUUUGGAGCAGUCUACUUGUUCUUCCUGCUGCAGCAGCUGGAGCAACUCCCCUGAGCCUCAAUUUCUACCAAAAACUGUGUCCUCGCGUGGGAGAAAUUGUUCAGAACAUGACAUGGGAACACACCUCCAACAAACUAGAACUGGCACCCAAGGAUGCGAUGGAUCCAUCUUGUUGGAUUCAACUCCUAGAAACAAGGCAGAAAAGGAUUCAAUCUCGAACCAGUCUUUGGCUGGAUAUGAUAUGAUUGAUGAAAUUAAGGUUCGGUUAGAAGAAGAAUGUCCCAGGGUUGUUUCCUUUCAAAAUGCAGAUGUGGCCGGUUCCAGUGGGCAGAAGGGACGACAACAUCUAAGAGACAUCGAGGCACUGUCUGAUCUCCCAUCAUCCUUCUCAAAUAUCUCCACUCUCCUCGGCGACUUUGCUAGCAGAGAAUGGGAUGUGCAUGAUCUUGUUGUCCUUGCUGGUUAG